GGGAUUGAUACUGAGUUCUAAUUUUAAUAUGUUGCAGUAAUGGCUCGUCUGCCUUUAAUUGCACAAAAUGUGAGGCGUAAAAGAAUUGGUGCUGCAUUGACAAUAUGGUUGGAAAUCUGUAGAAUUGCGAUUUGGUUCUUAUUUAGAAUGGGUGCCAGCCUUAGCCUACAUACUUAUAGACCAAUGAUUAGGUCCUACACCUUAGAUUUUUAUGCAAAACGGGAUUAUGUGAAAAGGCUUGUAUAUGCUAGUGACGAGACCAGUAUUGAACAAGUUAGGAUGAAUAUAACUGCCUUUUUUAAACUAUGUGAGAUGUUAGAAUCGUUAGGGGGAUUGAAGCCGUCCAGAAACAUGCUUGUUGAUGAGCAAGUGGCAAUGUUUUUACAUAUAAUCUCCCAUCACCUGAAAAAUCGAGUUAUCAAGCAUCACUUUAGAAGGUCCGGGGAAACUGUUAGCAGAGCAUUUCAUAGUGUUUUAAAUGCUGUCAUACGCUUACAAGAUGUGUUAUUUAAAAAGGCGGAGCCAAUUACAGCUGAUUCUUCUGACACAAGGUGGAAAUGGUUUAAGAAUUGCUUAGGUGCUCUUGAUGGAACCCACAUCAAGAUUAGGGUUCCAACAGUUGAUAAACCUAGAUAUCGAACGCGAAAAGGUGACAUAGCAACAAAUAUGAUAGGUGUUUGUACACAUGAUAUGCAAUUUGUUUACGUUCUUCCUGGUUUGGAAGGUUCAGUUGCUGAUGGACGGGUUCUUCGAGAUGCCAUUAGUAGGACACAUGGACUAAAAGUUCCUCAUGGUUGUUAUUAUCUAGUUGAUGCUGGAUACACAAAUUGUGAGGGAUUUCUUGCACCUUUUAGAGGAUAAUGAUAUCAUUUGAACAAGUGGCGUCAGGGUUAUCAGCCAAGUUCUCCGCAAGAGUUUUUUAAUAUGAAACAUGCCUCAGCACGUAAUGUUAUUGAAAGAUGCUUUGGGUUAUUAAAAGUUAGAUGGGGAAUACUUAAGAGUCCAUCAUUCUAUCCUGUAAGGGUGCACAAUAGAAUUAUUAUUGCAUGUUGUUUGCUCCAUAAUUUUAUUCGAACCCAUAUGAGUAUUGAUCCUAUUGAAGCGGAUGUGGAAGACGGAUUACCUAGUAAUGUGGUGGAUGACGAUGAACCGAAUAUCGUAAAUAUUCAUCCAUCGGAUGCUUGGGCUACUUGGAGGAUGGAACUUGUCAACUAAAUGU